AUGAAUCCGAAGGAACAUUUGGAGAUUUCAAAGCUUAUUUCGAAGCUUUUAGAUAAGGGCGCUAUAAAACCAUGCAAUGAUAGUCGAGAUCAAUUUAUAUCGUCAAUUUUUUUGGUGCCAAAGCCAGAUGGCACGAACCGCUUUAUUCUCAACCUCAAAGAAUUGAACGAGCUUAUUUCGGCAGAACACUUUAAACUCGAGGACCGUAAGGCUGUCAUAAACUUAAUGAGCGAGGAUUGUUUCAUGGCAACGGUAGACUUGAAGGACGCGUAUUAUGUAGUGCCAGUGGCAGAAUCUGAUCGAAAAUUUUUAAGAUUUCGGCAUAACAAUCAACUUUUCGAAUUUACCUGUCUACCCUUUGGCCUCACGACGGCACCUUACGUAUUUACAAAGAUCUUGAAACCGGUAAUGGCAAACUUGAGACGCAGAGAUUUUUUAUCGGUUAUUUACCUUGACGAUAUACUACUGUUUGGCAGAUCUUACGAGGAAUGUCAAUCGAAUACUCUCUCCACUCGCUUGUUGUUAGGGCAACUCGGUUUUGUUAUCAAUGAGAAGAAAUGUCAAUUAAUACCGUCAAGGAAGUGUAAAUUUCUUGGGUUUUUGUUUGAUUCCGAAAGAAUGAUUAUUGAGCUCACACAAGACAAAAGAGAUCGAGUAAAGAGAGAAGUCGAAAAAUAUCGGGCGAUAAAAGUAUGCAAAAUUCGUAGAUUUGCCGAGUUCGUUGGUCUAGUGGGCUCAUGCUGCCCCGCCGUUAUGUACGGCUUAGGUCAUACGAAAUUAUUUGAAAAGGCUCGAUAUCUCGCUCUAGAAUCUAGCAAGGGAUCGUAUGACAGCUGUAUGACUUUAGACAAAGAUUUACAAACGGACUUUAAGUGGUGGGGGAAAAAUAUUCGGCACGCACAUAGAUCUACUAGACCACCUGAAUUUUGUCGGGAGAUUUUUACGGACGCUUCAUUGUCAGGAUGGGGAGUUGCCUGUGGACAAGCUAGAUCACAUGGGUUUUGGAAUGAGGAAGAACGAAAAUCCCAUAUAAACAUUUUGGAGUUAACCACCGCCUUUUUCGGCCUUAAAUGUUUCGCGAACGACCUCAGAUACUGCGAUAUUUUGUUGCGUCUGGAUAACACCACAGCCAUAUCGUAUAUAAAUAGAAUGGGAGGAGUUCGAUUCGCGCGCUUAAGUAAUCUAGCCAGGAAAAUUUGGGAUUGGUGCGAAGAGCGGGAUAUUUGGAUCUUUGCGUCGUUCAUUAGCUCCAAAGAUAAUUUUGAAGCAGACUUUGAGUCCCGUAGAUUGGAGCCGGAAACGGAACUUGAAUUAUCUCAAACGGCAUUUAAGAGAAUAGUUCGCACGUUUGGAGAACCCGAAGUCGAUUUAUUUGCUACUCGAGUAAACAAAAAAUGCAGAAAAUAUAUCUCGUGGCUUCAGGAUCCAAAUAGUAUAGCAGUUGAUGCUUUUACGGUGCCGUGGAAGAAUUAUUUUUUUUACGCUUUCCCACCGUUCGUAAUUAUUUUACGGAGAACCACAUCCUCUCUGGAGAAAAACUACCCUGGUUGCCGGACUGUUAUCAGGAGAUCGUUUGCGAUGAGAGGAAUUCCAGCAGAGUCAAUGGAGAUAAUGAUCGCCUCACUUCGAGAUUCGUCACUUAAGCAAUACAACAGUGCCUUGAAGAAAUGGUGGAAUUUCUGUGUUGAAAGAGAUACCAAUCCCUUUCGAACUUCGGUGGUGGAUGUAUUAGUAUUGCUUACUAAAGAGUAUAAUAACGGAGCGUCACGAGGCUCUCUUAAUUGCUUGCGAUCGGCUAUAGCCUUAAUUACGGGUCCGGAAAUAGGCCAGGAUUCCAGAAUCAGACGUCUAUUCAAGGGCGUGUCCGAAUUGCGCCCAUCCAAGCCAAAGUACGAGCAAACAUGGGACCCGAGGAUCGUCCUAUGA